CCUAAACAUAUAUAAGUGUCUUCUUCUUCACAAUUUUGCAGCCGUGAUUUCAUUUUAUUCUCUUCCUCUUCCCAGCGCGAAUCGACGGCGGCGACGACGUAACCACCACCUUUCUCUUCUCUGUUGCAACCAUGGUGAGAGUGAGUGUAUUGAACGAUGCUCUUAAGAGUAUGUACAAUGCCGAGAAAAGAGGAAAGCGUCAAGUCAUGAUUAGGCCAUCCUCCAAAGUUAUCAUCAAGUUCCUUAUUGUCAUGCAGAAACACGGUUAUAUUGGUGAGUUUGAGUAUGUUGAUGAUCACAGAGCUGGAAAGAUUGUUGUUGAAUUGAAUGGUAGGUUGAACAAAUGUGGAGUUAUUAGUCCUCGUUUUGAUGUUGGUGUUAAGGAGAUUGAAGGUUGGACUGCUAGACUUCUUCCUUCCAGACAGUUUGGUUACAUUGUUUUGACCACUUCUGCUGGCAUUAUGGAUCAUGAAGAGGCUAGGAGAAAGAAUGUUGGUGGUAAGGUCCUAGGCUUCUUCUACUAGGCCAUUUUUUUUGCUGAGGAAUUUUUGUGAUUUCUGUUUUUGGUUUACCUGAUGUAGUGGAGUAUGUGCUACACCUAGUAAUAUCAAGAAUAGUAGGAGCUGUUUUGUGAUAUGAUUUGUUUUGUUUUUCAAAACCAAGUUGGUAUAUUUACCCGAUUUCUUCUAUAUAUUUUCCAAUGUACUGAAAUGUACUGGUAGAAUUGUUUAAUUUUCCGUUGUCCUGAAAUGUACUGGUAGAAUUUGUUUUGAAUGUUAAGUGCUUUGAUUAUAAGGUUGGAUCAUCUACUUUGAA